AUGAUUUAUACUGAAGAGUUGGAGAAUGAAGAAGAUAAAGAUAUGGUUAUGUUGCAUUUAGUCAGAAGAAACAACAAAAGCUUUUACGACCUUGCUAAAAUAUAUAAAUCUGACAGAAACUGGUUCUAUCGUGAAAACUUACCGAUUUCAAUGACACCGAAUGAGCAAAUAAAAGAAAUUGUCAAAAAUACUCUUCCUCAAACACACUAUGACAUCAAAGGUUGCACAAUACUUACCUUCAAAGAAGACUUAACAUUACUGAAGGAAAAAAUAACAGAAUAUUUCGAUAACUUCAAAGAGGAAGAAUGA